AAAUGCAUUGACUUGAUAUCUUGAUCAGAGAACCAUUCGAUGAUUCGAUCCAUGCCAACAUUGAUUUUCCGGACCAUAGUCAGGCGCAGGCGCGUGACGAGUUUUCGUUGACAGAGGAGACCAAACCAAACAAAAUAAGAACCAUAGUCAACUUUGCUCUUCUUCCGUGCCCUAGAUCUUCGUCCGCUGCAGGCUGCAGGCAUCUGUUGUUGUUUUUGCCUUUUCCGUCUGUUUCUCAGAAAUGAUCCGAUUUAUAUUGCUCCAGAACAGGCAGGGCAAGACCCGUCUUGCCAAGUAUUAUGUUCCUCUUGAGGAAUCUGAGAAGCACAAAGUCGAGUACGAGGUCCAUCGGCUGGUUGUCAAUAGGGAUCCAAAAUUUACCAAUUUUGUGGAGUUUCGUACACACAAGAUCAUCUACAGGCGUUAUGCUGGACUGUUUUUCUCAAUGUGUGUCGACAUCACAGAUAAUGAGCUAGCAUACUUGGAGUGCAUCCAUUUGUUUGUGGAGAUCUUGGACCAUUUCUUUAGCAAUGUGUGUGAGCUGGAUUUGGUGUUCAAUUUUCACAAGGUUUAUUUGAUACUCGAUGAAUUCAUUCUUGCUGGGGAGCUUCAAGAAACAAGCAAGAAGGCAAUCAUAGAGAGAAUGGGGGAGCUGGAAAAACAAGAAUGAGAGGGUUCAUUAUGUAGAGAAGGAUAUUCAGGAGCUUGUUUGGCCUUGUUUCUUCAUUGCCCAGUUAUUCAUCCAACUUCCCUGCUAUAUCAGUCUCGUCAUUUCAGAAAUAUGUGCAAAAUUUUUCAUUCUUUUCUUAUCGGCAGUGAGAGGUGCGAGGGGCAAUACAUGGGAGUGGUUGCAUAUAUGUAUGUGUGCUGAAGUUGAGGUUAGUUUGUUAUUGCGGAAGGAUUUUUUGUAAUUUGUCUGUAGCUCAUUCUUUCUCAUUCUUACCCAAGAUGAAUUUCUAAAAUGGAAAAGAAUUGGUAAAAAUAGGCAGAAUGAGAAAAUAUUGCUAUGAACCAAACACUUUUUCUUGAAAGUGAAUUCUUGCCAUACUAACAAAUGUCCUUAUGUU